CCUUCCGUCCGGCCGGCGCGCCCCAGGCCGCCGGCGCACAGCUGAGGCGGCUGCCGCUGCGACGGGGCGUCGGCGGCCCGCACCGGCAGCGUUCCCCGGCACAGCGCUCUGGCCGGGCGCGGCGGAGGCGUCCGCCAUGUUCUCCUUCAACAUGUUCGACCACCCGAUCCCCCGGGUCUUCCAGAGCCGCUUCUCCACGCAGUACCGCUGCUUCUCCGUGUCCAUGCUCGCGGGGCCCAGCGACAGGUCGGACGUGGAGAAAGGAGGGAAGAUAAUUAUGCCACCCUCAGCCCUCGACCAGCUCAGCCGACUUAACAUCACCUACCCCAUGCUGUUCAAGCUGACCAACAAGAACUCAGACCGAGUGACUCACUGCGGGGUGCUGGAGUUUGUGGCCGACGAGGGCAUCUGCUACCUCCCACACUGGAUGAUGCAGAACUUGCUGCUGGAGGAGGGCGGCCUGGUUCAGGUGGAGAGCGUCAACCUGCAGGUGGCCACGUACUCCAAGUUCCAGCCGCAGAGCCCCGACUUCCUGGACAUCACCAACCCUAAGGCCGUGUUAGAAAAUGCAUUGAGAAACUUCGCUUGUCUGACCACUGGGGACGUGAUUGCAAUCAACUACAACGAGAAGAUCUAUGAGCUGCGGGUGAUGGAGACCAAGCCGGACAAGGCCGUGUCCAUCAUUGAGUGCGACAUGAAUGUGGACUUCGACGCCCCCCUGGGCUACAAGGAGCCGGAGAGGCAGGCCCAGCAUGAGGAGUCGGCCGAAGGCGAAGCUGACCACAGUGGCUACACUGGGGAGCUGGGCUUCCGCGCCUUUUCUGGCUCCGGAAACAGACUGGACGGGAAGAAGAAGGGGGUGGAGCCCAGCCCCUCCCCAGUCAGGCCUGGAGACAUCAAGAGAGGAAUUCCCAACUAUGAAUUUAAACUUGGCAAGAUCACGUUCAUCAGAAACUCACGUCCGCUGGUCAAGAAGGUUGAGGAGGAUGAAGCCGGAGGCAGAUUCGUUGCUUUCUCUGGAGAAGGACAGUCGUUGCGUAAAAAGGGAAGAAAGCCAUAAGCUGGGACUGUUGACUGAUUGGAAAAUAAAAUAAUUGCAACAUG